UUCUGGACUGACACUUGCGGUAAACAGUUGCUUGUCGUCGCUUCAGCGGGAGGAACGCUGUGAAUAUUGUGUUCAAGAUAAGAUGGUGUCACUCGGGUGCCGUGUAGUGAUGGUGGUUGCCACGGCGAUCAGUGCUGUGCCUGUGUUUAGUAAAGAUGCAGGUGGAAUCGUGGAGCAGGUGGGCGUGUUGGUGAAUCAGGUAGUAGAACACCAUCUCACCGGCUGUCACCUGGUGCUCAUCACCACUACACAACACUCACACGUAUUCGCCAGUAUAAUCAGACACAUGAGUGUGGGUGUGGCGGCUGGGGUGGUAGUGGACGCAGGGUGGGUGUUGUCCCAGGACCAGCUGGCCAAGGACCACCUCCUGCAAGGGCUGUGGGGGGACGAAAGAACCACCUGCCGAGGACUCAUCCUUGACCUCACCACCAGCAAUAGUACUGAUCUCCUCCUCAGGUUGUUAGAGUCUUCAGGGUUGUCAAAGAUGCCAGAGACGCGGGUGGUGGUGGUGGGUGGGACGGCAGGAGUGAAGGACGUCCUCCUUCACCAUAGUCUCCGUAACACCGUCCACGGCCUCUACCUGGCCCUCCACGACCUCACCCUCCACACCCCACCACGCACCGGCAAUUCACGCCUAAAGAAGAUCCUUCCAAAGGAAGCAGCAUCAGUGAGCGAGCGUGUGUGGGUGUACCGGCGGUGUCUGUACUGCAACAACGGGAAGGCGGACGUCCAACUUAUCCACAAGUGGAACCUCACCUCCUCGCCUCAACAUGUUGAUGACCUCUUCUUCGGUGGUCAGUUUCGGAACUUCAAUGGCCACAAGAUACGUUUCUCAGCCUUACGGUUCCUCCCUUAUAAUGACUACACACCAGACAGCAAAGAGCCAGGCAGUACAGCCACAUUCCGGGAUUGUCUUGACGCCAGACUACUCUCGGUUCUAGCAUUAAAACUAAAUUUCAGUUUAGAGGUACGUGAGCAACCUCAACGUACUUGGGGGACAAACAAGGACGGCAAGACUACCGGAAUGUUGCGUCAACUCCAGCGAGAAGAAAUAGACAUCGGUGGAGCCAUGGGUUCUCAAACCUAUCGGAUGGAAGUUGCACUCUUCCUCAGGGCUUAUAAAGCUGAUGUACUGAGCAUAGUGUCAUUAAAGCCAACGCUCUUGCCACAACACCUCUCAGUGAUAAGACCCUUUUCAGGAGAACUAUGGCUAUUGCUGUCGGUGAGCGUGGUGUUAUGGGGCGUGACUCUGUGGCUACAACAGAGGGUCUGGCGGUGGUUUGCUGGAGGUCAAGGUGUCAAGCUCACCACCGCCCUCCUGCACAGCUUGGGCACUCUCUUGGAGCGGCCGCCCUCCAAUCCCUCCGACAAUGACUCGGGAAGAUUGUUGAUAGGGUGGUGGCUGGUGUUCUGUCUGGUCAUCACUACAGGGUUUCGUUCGUCAUUAAUCGCACACCUGACAGUCCAAGGGAAAUCACCGCCUCCAGAAACCUUCGAGGAUCUGGUAGCUCGAAGCAACUGGAAAUGGGGUAUAGAACACUGGAUGAUGAGAGGAAUGCCCCGGCAAUAUUUUACCCAGCAUACUCACCCUGUUGUGCGGAAGAUAAAUAAAGAAAUGCAAGUGCUGACAGCAGCGGAAGGGCUGGAUAAGGUAAAGAAGGGGAGCUACUCGCUCUUCAGUCCAUCGUACCACAUCACCAUUGUUAUUAAUUCUAACUACACAGACAAUUUCGGCCAAACUCCCUUCUACAUCAGCAAAGAUGGAAUAGUUGGAUUAGCUGCCAUCGGGUGGUCACUCAGGAAGGGAGUACCUUAUUUUCAGCGUCUUCAGCAACUGAUAUCCCAAUUGGAAGAUGCCGGAAUUAUACCCCAUUGGACUGGCGAUAUAAUUGCCGGACGCGUGAAGGAGAACAGAGCAGCUGCAACACUGCAGCAGCAGGCAGCCCUGGCAAUUACUGUACACGAGGACGACACAAAGCUAGUCCUGGGGCUGCAUCACCUACAGGGCGCCUUCUACCUAUUGUUUUUGGGCUGCACCAUCGCCUACCUCACUCUGCUGGUGGAGAACUUCGCCCAUUCACGCUCCUGGUCUCUGUAAACUCCUCUUAGCGUCACCAAACCUACGGCCAUUAGGCAGUUUGAAGAGUAGUGGAAAUAUUUAGUUUUUGCCCUAUUCGUUCCUCAAUAAUUAGAUACUUUAGUGUUAUCUGUUUAAUGUAAAUUUAAAUAUGACUGAUUUACAGUAGAAAUUAUUAAUGAACAUUUGUGAUUUAUAAGCUCCAAAAAUAAUCAUCAAAUAAUUGCAACUACAGUGUUGUCAUUAAGAUGUCAUAAUGUGUGUGUGUGUGUGUGUGUGUGUGUGUGUGUGUGUGUGUGUGUGUGUGUGUGUGUAAUAAUGGUUGUCUUGUAUUCUCGAACUAUUAAUUGACACUGGAUCAUACAUCUCGUAAACCCAGGGUGUGGUUGUUGUGUUGGCGUCAGCUUUUAAAUCUUAAAUAAAUUCACACUCAGGGCAACCAUUAUUUAUUUAUAUAUUUAUUUAUUUGUUUGUUUAUUUAUAUAAUAAUAAUAAUAAUAAUAAUAAUAAUAAUAAUAAUA